CCUGUCUGCCCUCUGUGCUGCCCCCAGGAUGGGCAGCAGGAGCUGGAGCUGGGCUCUGAUCUGGGCCUCUGUGGCCUUGUUCACGGUGUGGCCAGCAGAGAGCCAGAGCCAUCUAGAGCUGAGCUCGGAACACCCGGAACUCACUGCAGAGGGUCAGAAAGCAUAUAGUGCUCCCACAGCCUUCUCUACCCAGCAUGUUACCUUCAUCCCGCCUAUCACUGUCUUCCCCAGCAUGAGCCCCGUAAAACUGGCACACAAUGGAAGAGUGUGCAGCACAUGGGGUGACUUCCACUAUAAGACCUUCGACGGUGACAUGUUCCGCUUCCCUGGCCUCUGUAACUAUGUCUUCUCUUCACACUGUGGGGCCACCUACGAGGACUUCAACAUCCAACUGCGUCGUGGUCUUGAGGGUUCCAGGCCCAUGGUCACUCAUGUGGUCCUCAGGGCCCAGGGACUGGUAAUUGAGCUGUCCAAUGGCUCUGUCCUGGUGGAUGGACAGCGGGUGGAGCUGCCCUACAGCCGUGCAGGUCUUCUGAUGGAGAAGAGCAGUGGUUACGUGAAGGUCGGCAUUCGGCUGGUCCUCACCUUCCUGUGGAAUGAAGACAGUGCCUUGCUGGAGCUGGACUCCAAAUAUACCAACCAGACGUGUGGGCUGUGCGGCGACUUCAACGGGCUCCCAGCUGUCAACGAGUUCUACGCCCACAACACCAGGCUGACCCCUGUGCAGUUUGGAAACCUGCAGAAGCUGGAUGGUCCUACAGAGCAAUGCCAGGACACCCUGCCCGCAGCUGUCAACAACUGCACAGACAGGGAGAACAUCUGCCACCACGUCCUGCUUGGCCCUGCCUUUGCUGAGUGCACUGCCCUGGUAGAUGUCAGCAUGUACUUGGACGCCUGUGUCCAGGACCUGUGCCUCUGCCCCACGUGCCCAUGUGCCACCUUUGCUGAGUAUUCCCGCCAGUGUGCCCACGCAGGGGGCCAUCCACAGAACUGGAGGAGUCCUGAUCUCUGCAACUGGACAUGCCCUUUCAACAUGGAACACCACGAGUGCAGUUCACCCUGUGUGGACACCUGCUCCAACCCCCAACGCUCUCAGCUCUGCGAGGACCACUGCAUGGAUGGCUGCUUCUGUCCCCCAGGCACUGUGCUGGAUGACAUCAGACACUUGGGCUGCCUUCCCCUGGAGCAGUGCCACUGCACCCAUGGUGGCCACACUUAUGCUCCGGGAGAGUCCUUCAACACCAGCUGCAGCUCCUGCACCUGCUUCGGGGGACUGUGGCAGUGCCAGGACCUGCCGUGCCCCGGGACCUGCUCUGUGCAAGGCGGGUCUCACAUCUUCACCUAUGAUGAGAAACUCUACAACGUGCACGGGGACUGCGGCUACAUCCUGUCCAAGAAAUGUGCAGACAGCAGCUUCACUGUGCUGGUGGACCUGCAGAAGUGUGGAGUGACAGAUACCGAGAACUGCCUCAAAGCUGUGACACUCAGCCUCAAUAGUGGGGAAAUGGUCAUCCGGAUCCAGGCUAACGGUGCUGUGUUCCUGAACUCCAUCUUUACCCAGUUGCCCCUGUCAGCAGCCAACACCACCAUCUUCAGCCCAUCAUCCUUCUUCAUCGUGGUGCAGACAGGCAUGGGGCUGCAGCUGCAAGUGCAGUUGGUGCCCAUCAUGCAGGUGUUUGUCAGGCUGGACCCUUCCUAUCACGGCCAGAUGUGUGGCCUGUGUGGGAACUUCAACCAGAAUCAGGCUGAUGACUUCACAGCCCUAAGUGGGGUGGUGGAGGGCACAGGAGCCGCCUUCUCCAACACCUGGAAGACUCAAGCCUCCUGCCCCAAUGCCAAGAACACCUUUGAGGACCCCUGCUCUUACAGCGUGGAGACUGAGAACUAUGCCCAGGAGUGGUGCUCCAAGCUCACUGAAAGCUCAGGAAUCUUCUCGGCCUGCCAUGCCACCGUCAGCCCAGCACCCUUCUAUUCGAACUGCCUGUUUGACACGUGCAACUGUGAGAAGAGUGAGGACUGCAUGUGCGCGGCCCUGUCCUCCUAUGUGCAUGCUUGUGCCGCCAAAGGCGUGCUGCUCAGUGGCUGGAGGGAUGGCGUCUGCUCCAAGUACAUGAACAACUGCCCCCAGAACAAGAGCUACUCCUAUGCAGUGAGCACUUGUGAGCCGACCUGCCGCUCUCUGAGUGAGGCCGAUGUCACCUGUGGCAUCUCCUUUGUGCCCGUGGAUGGCUGUACCUGCCCCGAAGGCACCUUCCUGAACGACAAGGGUCACUGUGUGCGUGAUGAGGAGUGCCCCUGCUUCUUCCAUGGGACUGUGGUGGCUCCCAGAGAGUUUGUUACGGACAAUGGUGUGGUGUGCUCGUGUGAAAAUGGGAAGUUGACCUGUCUUGGAGCCCUGAUGCAGAGGAGCACAGAGUGCCAGGCGCCUAUGGUAUAUCUGGACUGCAACAAUGCCUCAGUGGGUGACAAAGGGGCUGAAUGCCUCAGAAGCUGCCACACACUGGAUGUGGACUGUUUCAGCACACACUGUGUCUCGGGCUGUGUGUGUCCCUCAGGGCUGGUAGCAGAUGGGAAUGGGGGCUGCAUUGCUGAGGAGAACUGCCCCUGCGUACACAAUGAAGCCACCUAUAGACCUGGGGAUAUCAUCCGGGUGGACUGCAAUAACUGCACCUGCAGGAACCGCCGGUGGGAGUGUACUGAUCGUCCCUGUAUGGGUGCAUGUGUGGCCUAUGGGGAUGGCCAUUUUGUCACCUUUGAUGGUGAACGCUACAUCUUUGAAGGCAGCUGCGAGUAUACCUUGGCUCAGGACUACUGUAGAGGCAAUACCAGUACUGAUGGGACCUUUCGUAUUGUCACUGAGAAUGUCCCUUGUGGAACCACGGGAACCACCUGUUCCAAGGCCAUCAAGAUCUUUGCGGAGAGCUAUGAACUGAUUCUUCAUGAGGGGAACUUCAAGGUGGUAGAGAGAGGGCCAAGUGGGGACCUUCCAUAUAAGAUCAGAUACAUGGGCAUCUUCCUGGUCAUUGAGAUCCGCAGUGGGAUAGUCGUGUCCUGGGACAGGAAGACCAGUGUGUUUGUCCGACUGCAGCAGCAUUACAAGGGAAGGGUCUGUGGCUUGUGUGGGAACUUUGAUGACAAUGGCAUCAAUGACUUCACCACACGCAGCCAGUCUGUGGUGGGUGAUGUGCUGGAGUUUGGAAAUAGCUGGAAGUUCUCCCCAUCCUGCCCAGAUGCCCCAGUUCCCAAGGACCCCUGCACUACCAACCCUUACCGCAAGUCCUGGGCCCAGAAGAAGUGCAGCAUCAUCAACAGUGAGACCUUCGCUGCCUGCCACUCCCAGGUUGACUCUACCAAGUACUAUGAAGCCUGUGUACAUGAUGUAUGUGCCUGUGACUCAGGGGGUGACUGCGAGUGUUUCUGCACUGCUGUGGCCGCCUAUGCCCAGGCCUGCCGUGAUGUGGGUGUGUGCUUGUCCUGGAGGACACCAGACAUCUGCCCUCUUUUCUGUGACUACUACAACCCUCAUGGGGAGUGUGAGUGGCAUUACCAGCCCUGUGGAGCACCCUGUCUGAAGACCUGUCGAAACCCUGCUGGACACUGCCUUGUUGACCUGCAAGGCCUGGAAGGUUGCUAUCCACAGUGCCCACCCACGCAGCCCUUCUUCAAUGAGGACCAGAUGAAGUGUGUGGCCCAGUGUGGAUGCUAUGACGAUGAUGGAAACUACCAUGACAUUGACACACAGGUUCCUACAGCUGAGAAUUGCCAGAGUUGUCUCUGCACCCCUGGUGGCCUUCAGUGUGUUCACAACCUUACAGCCUGCACAUGUACCUAUGAGGGCCGUACCUACCACUACAAUGAUGUUGUCUACAACACCACGGAUGGCCUUGGUGCAUGCUUAGUGGCCAUCUGCAAAGACAAUGGAACUAUAAUACGCACAGCUGAGGAGUGCCCUGAAGUCUUGUCUACCACACCAUUUACAUUCACCACUACCUUGGCAUCCCAUGCCACAUCAGGCUCAGCUCCCACUGUGUCCCCUGUAUCCACUGUGUGUGUCCAUGAGGUCUGCCACUGGUCCAUUUGGUAUGAUGAGAGCUACCCAGAGCCUGGAAUGACAGGUGGGGACUUCGAAACAUUUGAGAACCUGAGGCAGAAAGGGCACCAGGUGUGCCAAACUCCUGCUGCCAUUGAGUGCCGUGCAGAGAAGUUCCCCAGCAUGGACUUACAGAAGCUGGGUCAGAAGGUGAACUGUGAUUCAUCCUGGGGGUUGAAAUGCCUCAACAGUGAGCAGAGCCCCCCAAUCUGCUACAACUAUGAGAUGAGAGUUCUGUGCUGUGAUUAUGUGCCUUGUACUUCUUCCCUGACCUCAGGCACAAGUACCACUCACUCCCUGCCUGAGACCAGUUCAGAGCCCACUUUGUCCACUCUCAGUACUCAUACAGCAUCCUUAGUAUCCCAGUCCAGACCCUCCUGGACCACAGAAGGGAAAAAGACAUCCCUGGAUAAAAUUCAUAGCUCACGGCAAACAGUAACAUUUACCACAAAAAGUGGGGCCACUUCAUAUCCAAUUGGGUCCACAAACUCAGUCAGCAGCCUCCCUGCAUCCAGCCGUACCUGGACUACAACAGUAAAAGAGACCACCUUACACACAAUGCCUAGCUCCCAGACAAAAUCAAUAUUUACUUCACAGACAGGGUCCACUUCCACAGCCAGCAUGAUCACGCAGAAAGUCAGCAGCCCCAUGACCUCCACCAGCUGCCAACCCCAGUGUCAGUGGACAAAGUGGUUUGAUGUGGACUACCCCACAUCUGACAGGGAGGGAGGAGACAUUGAGACAUAUGACAAGAUCAGGGCCGCUGGGGCAGACAUCUGUGGACAGCCUCAGGACAUCCAGUGUGUGGCCCAGAACUACCAGGACAUGAGUUUGGACAUGCUGGAUCAGAAAGUCAAGUGUGAUGUCAACUUUGGUCUGGUGUGCCACAACAGGGACCAGGGAGACAAGUUUGGGAUGUGCUACAACUACAUCAUCCGUGUGCUGUGCUGUGAUGUCAGCCACUGCCAAGGACCUACCACCUCUGCAGGGACACCCCCAACACCAGGAACUGCCUCCACUGCUACACAGACCCUGUCCUCCAAGCCUUGGCCCAACACUAGUCCAGUUGACACCUGGUCUCCCUCAGACUCCAUCACCAGCAUCUAUGCCUCAGAGAUGCCCACCCUUGGGAUCCUGACUACAAGGGUGUCAUCACCACCCAGCACUCCUCUGACAGCCACCUCAAAGACCACUCAGCAUCCCAUGAGUUCAGCAUCCUCUAACACUGUAGGCAGCCUUGAGACAUCCACCAGCUGCCAACCCCAGUGUCACUGGACAAAGUGGUUUGAUGUGGACUACCCCACAUCUGACAGGGAGGGAGGAGACAUUGAGACAUAUGACAAGAUCAGGGCCGCUGGGGCAGACAUCUGUGGACAGCCUCAGGACAUCCAGUGUGUGGCCCAGAACUACCAGGACAUGAGUUUGGACAUGCUGGAUCAGAAAGUCAAGUGUGAUGUCAACUUUGGUCUGCUGUGCUAUAACAGGGACCAGGAAGACAAAUUUGGGAUGUGCUACAACUACAUCAUCCGUGUGCUGUGCUGUGAUGUCAGCCACUGCCAAGAACCUACCACCUCUGCAGGGACACCCCCAACACCAGGAACUGCCUCCACUGUCAGUUCCAGGUCAGUCAUACGCACUGCCUCGUCUGUGUCCAGCAUGCCCACCAACAUCAGCACUACUGAGUCUAUUUCAUCCCCCCCAAAAACCACAGUCUUCACCAGGGCUUCUUCCACAGCCACACUCACACCCAGUGAGACAAAAACCUCAUCAAAGCUAACAACUGGUCUCUCCUCAGUCCCUACAACCAUGAGUACUACUUCCACAGGGUGUAAGUUUCAAUGCACCUGGACAGAUUGGCUGGACAGUGACAAACCCCAACCUGGUCAGUUUGGGGGAGACAUUGAGACCUACUAUCAUAUUAGAAACAAGACAGGCAUUCAGAUAUGUGAGAAACCUGUGGACAUAGAAUGUGAAGCUAUUCUCUUCCCCAACAUGUCCUUCCAGCAGCUGGGCCAGGAGGUAGUUUGUAAUGUGGACUUUGGGCUCAUCUGCAGGAAUAGCAAACAGGUCAACAAUCAAACCUGUUUCAACUACCAUAUCCGUGUACUGUGCUGUGAGGAAGAUACCAGCUGUUUCAGCACAACUGGAUCACUGUCUACCACCUCCAGUCAAGUGACAGAAUCCACUAACACAGCAGGGCCACUGUCCUCCACGCCCAUAUUGGCACCUGGAUUUCACAGUACGGUGUCCAUGGCCACAAGCAAGUGGCCAUCAGAGGAGCCAAUACCUUCAACUUCAGUCACAACUCUAAGGCAACCCUCUUCCGCUAGGACACAGAGGAUUGUCUCCAUUGCCACAACAAGCGCUACAAAGAGCUUCCCUAUCUCUAGUCUAUCUACACUCUCAGCCUCUCGCACCAGCUUUUUCCAAACAUCAAAAGAGCCACAUUCAGGUAAACCAAACACAACUUCACGGACAGCCUCUUCCAAUGCAGCAUUCAGCACACAGAUGGUCACUUCCACAGCCAGCAUGAUCACGCAGACAGUCAGCAGCCCCAUGACCUCCACCAGCUGCCAACCCCAGUGUCAGUGGACAAAGUGGUUUGAUGUGGACUACCCCACAUCUGACAGGGAGGGAGGAGACAUUGAGACAUAUGACAAGAUCAGGGCCGCUGGGGCAGACAUCUGUGGACAGCCUCAGGACAUCCAGUGUGUGGCCCAGAACUACCAGGACAUGAGUUUGGACAUGCUGGAUCAGAAAGUCAAGUGUGAUGUCAACUUUGGUCUGGUGUGCCACAACAGGGACCAGGGAGACAAGUUUGGGAUGUGCUACAACUACAUCAUCCGUGUGCUGUGCUGUGAUGUCAGCCACUGCCAAGGACCUACCACCUCUGCAGGGACACCCCCAACACCAGGAACUGCCUCCACUGCUACACAGACCCUGUCCUCCAAGCCUUGGCCCAACACUAGUCCAGUUGACACCUGGUCUCCCUCAGACUCCAUCACCAGCAUCUAUGCCUCAGAGAUGCCCACCCUUGGGAUCCUGACUACAAGGGUGUCAUCACCACCCAGCACUCCUCUGACAGCCACCUCAAAGACCACUCAGCAUCCCAUGAGUUCAGCAUCCUCUAACACUGUAGGCAGCCUUGAGACAUCCACCAGCUGCCAACCCCAGUGUCACUGGACAAAGUGGUUUGAUGUGGACUACCCCACAUCUGACAGGGAGGGAGGAGACAUUGAGACAUAUGACAAGAUCAGGGCCGCUGGGGCAGACAUCUGUGGACAGCCUCAGGACAUCCAGUGUGUGGCCCAGAACUACCAGGACAUGAGUUUGGACAUGCUGGAUCAGAAAGUCAAGUGUGAUGUCAACUUUGGUCUGCUGUGCUAUAACAGGGACCAGGAAGACAAAUUUGGGAUGUGCUACAACUACAUCAUCCGUGUGCUGUGCUGUGAUGUCAGCCACUGCCAAGAACCUACCACCUCUGCAGGGACACCCCCAACACCAGGAACUGCCUCCACUGCUACACAGACCCUGUCCUCCAAGCCUAGUCUGAAUGUGACCAAGACUCAUUCAGCUUUCACCACAUUAGCAACAAGCCUCUCAAAAACUCUACCAGGCUCUAGCCACACAGCCACUCUUGUUACAUCAUCUGCCAGAAGUUCCCUACAUGUUUCAAGUGUCAAGGAAACUAGUAAACCAGGAAAGUUCUCCUCUAUCCAUACAACAGUUGGCAUCCUGCACAAAACAUUACAGUCAUCAACACCUGCCCUGACAACAAAACAAACUUCCUCAACCGGAACCUGGACAAGAAUACUUACUGGUACAAUUGGCUCUGUCUCCUCAAAACUUCCACCCACGAGCCUGGAAUUGACUACAGGCAUAAAAGAGCUCUCUACCAGUACACCAAGGACACAGACGCUACCAGUAACAAUGACUAAUUCCACCAGCAGCCAGGGCAAAACCCACUGCCAAGCCAAGUGUAAGUGGACAGAAUGGUUCGAUGUGGACUCACCAACUUCAGGGGUAGUAAGAGGGGACAUGGAGACCUAUGAAAACAUCAGAGCUGCUGGUAAGAAGAUUUGCCAGGCACCAGAGAAGAUUGAGUGUCGUGCAGAGAACUACCCUGCAGUGAGCAUUGAUAAGGUUGGCCAAAGAGUAACCUGCAACCUGGAGACAGGACUGGUCUGCAAAAAUGAGGACCAGACAGAUGAUUUCAAAAUGUGCUUCAACUAUAAUAUGCGUGUGCUUUGCUGUGAUGAUUAUAGCCACUGCCCCCACACAACUGCUGUACCACAUACAUCUACCACGAACAAGACUACAGUCAGCAAAGAGGCUACCACCAUGGCCCCCAGUUCAGCAACAGGACAAGGACACUUCACUAAAGCUACCACCUUCUCAAACACUGCACAAAGUCUGAUGACCAGCAUUACCCACACAGGAUCUACACCUUUCACAUUCUCAGGCAGCAGCCCUGUGACCUCCACCACCUGCCAACCCCAGUGUCACUGGACAAAGUGGUUUGAUGUGGACUACCCCACAUCUGACAGGGAGGGAGGAGACAUUGAGACAUAUGACAAGAUCAGGGCCACUGGGGCAGACAUCUGUGGACAGCCUCAGGACAUCCAGUGUGUGGCCCAGAACUACCAGGACAUGAGUUUGGACAUGCUGGAUCAGAAAGUCAAGUGUGAUGUCAACUUUGGUCUGCUGUGCUAUAACAGGGACCAGGAAGACAAAUUUGGGAUGUGCUACAACUACAUCAUCCGUGUGCUGUGCUGUGAUGUCAGCCACUGCCAAGGACCUACAACCACCUCUGCAGGGACACCCCCAACACCAGGAACUGCCUCCACUGCCAUGCUCUCUAACACUGCCAUAAACACUUCUUGGACUUCCUCUGCAACCCUCAGCAGUGCUUCAACUACCUCCAUGUCUACUUCCAAAGAGACUCAGCCCUCAUCUUUGCUGAGUACUAGGAUUACAGCCAUGUCUACUCCACUCUCUAGCUCCAAGGGCUGCAAGCCUCAAUGUACCUGGACAGACUGGAUUGACCAGAGUUCCCCUACACCCGGGAAUUCUGGCGGGGAGUUUGAGACCUAUGCCAACAUUGGAGCAGCUGGAAUUGCAAUAUGUGAAAAGCCCGUGGACUUAGAAUGUGCUAUUGUUGACCAGCCCGAUGUGCCUUGGCAGGAAUUGAGACAGGUGAUCAACUGCAGUCUGGACUUUGGUCUGGUAUGCAGGAACCUGGACCAGAUGGGGCCCUUUAGCAUAUGCCUCAACUAUAGAAUCCGUGUGCUUUGCUGCGAUGACUACAGUCACUGUUCUAGCCUCCCUUCCAGCACCAUAACGUCAGGCCUGUCCUGGUCUACCCACACAACCACAGUCCCUUUCACAACCACAGUGUCCUCAAGCACUGAAUCCACCUUUCAAACCAAGCAUCCCUUCAGCUACCCUGUGUCAAGUACUAAAGCAUCCACAUGGACCACAUUUCCAGACUCAGGCUGUGUACCUCGAUGCACAUGGACAGACUGGUUUGAUGCAGACUUCCCUAACCCUGGUCCCAGAGGUGGGGACUUUGAGGUCUAUGCAGUGUUACGUGAGGUUGGCUUUGUGUUCUGUGAUCAGCCCAAGGAUAUCCAGUGCCGCUCUGAGAAGGAGCCAGACAAGCCCCUGGAAAGUCUUGAGCAGGUGGUUCAGUGUGACGUGCGAUUCGGGCUGAUAUGUAAAAAUAUCAAUCAAUCAGGGCCUUUGCAAUACUGUGACAACUACCAUGUGCGCCUCCUCUGCUGUGACAACAGCCACUGCACCACACCACCUACGGCCACCUCCUCAGCCACCCACUCGUCCUCCACCAUCCCUUCCACCUCUCCCCUGUUGCCCAGUCACACUUCCCCAACUUUGAACACCGUGACUUCUUUACCUGAGGUCACUGGCUCCGUUAUGCCCCACUCCUCCUCCGUAGGACCCACUUACACCUCUCCAGUUUUGACCACAGGAACUUCACCUGUAGCCACGGGCCCCACUGUCCCCACUGUGGCCCCCUCCCCUACCUCAGAGACCACUCACACCCCUCAAGUUUCCCGAAGCAGCCAGGUGACCUUCAGCAUGCGUACUGCUUCUACCUUGGGCCUCAGUACCCUCAAGCCUACUGUCUUCUCCAGCCAAUCAUUUUCCCCUUCGCCCUGUUUCUGCCGGGCAUUUGGACAGCUGUUCCUACCUGGAGAUGUCAUCUACAAUAAGACUGACGGAGCUGGCUGCCAGUUCUAUGCCACCUGCAACCGGUACUGUGACGUUGACCGCUUCCAGGGUGCCUGCCCCUCCUCUUCAUCUCCAGAGCCCUCUACUCCUACGCCUUUGUCCCCCCUGCCUCCUGGCUGUGAUAAUGCCACCCCUCCUCGGCAGGUGAAUGAGUCCUGGACCUUAGAGAACUGCACGGUGGCCACGUGCCAGGGAAAUGACCAGAUCAUCCUCCUAGAGCCGGAGCCUGUGGACAAUGUCACCUGCGUCAACAAGCACUUGCCCAUCAAAGUGUGGGACCAGGAGCCUUGUCACUUCCACUAUGAGUGUGAAUGUUUCUGCAGUGGAUGGGGACGCUCACACUACCUGACGUUCGAUGGCACCUCCUAUACUUUCCCGGACAACUGCACCUCAGUGCUCAUGAAAGAGAUCCACCCUCGUCAUGGCAACCUGAGCAUCCUUGCUCACAGCUACUACUGUGGGGCUACCACCAAUGUCACUUUCUGUCCCCGUGCCCUCAGUGUGUACUACAACUCCAUGGAGAUUGUCCUUACCAUCACCACCAGUGCCAGUGGGAAGGAGGAGAGCCUGAUCAUAUGGGACCAAAUGUGGAUAAGAUCAGGUUCCAGCAAGAAUGGUGUGACAGUGUCCUUGAGUGGUACCACCACGAUGAGUGUCAACAUUUCUACCAUUGGCACCAGCAUCACCUUUGAUGGGCACAUCUUCCAGAUACAGUUACCCUACAGAUACUUCAGCAACAAUACUGAGGGCCGGUGUGGUACCUGCACAAACAGCCAGACAGAUGACUGCCGCCGGCCAGAUGGCACCAUAGCUUCCAACUGCCAGGACAUGGCCAAAGACUGGCUGGUGCCUGGGAACAGCAACAACAGCUGCUUAGCUCAGCCUAGCCCUCCCCCAAGCACCACCCCCCAGCCUCCAGUGUCCAGCACACCCACUUCUACCCCGUGCCCUGCUGCGCCUCUCUGCGAGCUGAUGCUGAGUCAGGUCUUCGCCGAGUGUCACUGGCUCAUCCCUCCAGAUACCUUCUUCAAUUCCUGUGUCAGUGACCACUGCAACACCAAUUUUACUGGCAUGCUCUGUCAAAGCCUGGAGGCCUAUGCAGCACUCUGCCGGGCCCAGGGUGUGUGCAUCAAUUGGCGCAACGCCACUGGAGGGCUAUGUGACUUCUCCUGUCCACCUACUAAGGAAUAUAGGCCUUGUGGGCCCCUGCAUCCAGCAUCCUGCAGCUCCAGGACACUGAGCAUUUCAACUGGGACACUGACAGAGGGCUGCUUCUGCCCUGAGAAUCAGCUCCUCUUCAAUUCACGCAUGGACAUCUGUGUGCUGGAGUGUCCCUGCGUGGGACCAGAUGGGCUACCCAAGUCUCCGGGAGAAAACUGGACCAGCAACUGCCAGUCCUGUGUGUGCGACCCCAGCUCUGUGUCGGUACAAUGUGAGCCAAUGCAGUGUGAGAGCCAGGAGCUCCCAGAGUGCACAGAAGCUGGCUCUGUGUCUGUUACCAGGCCCAGGGCUGACAAUCCAUGCUGCCCCGAGACAGUCUGUGUUUGCGAUGCAACCACCUGCCCCGAGAGUGUGCCCACGUGUGACCCAGGGUAUGAGCUGAUCCAAAACCAUGAGAAUGGCAGCUGCUGCCCCAGCUUCAGCUGUCAACCUUUGAUGUGCACACACAAUAACACCUUCUAUGGGGUCGGUGCGAACUUCCUAGGAGAUGAUCACUGCCAAACAUGCACCUGCUUCUCUGUGGGCAAUCAAGAACCAAAAGUAGAGUGUAGAGAGAUCCUUUGUACCACCUUCUGUCCCCAGGGUUUCAAGUACACGCUGAAGCCAGAGCAGUGCUGUGGGGAGUGUGUACAGAAUGCCUGCCUCACGCCAGAGGGCCAGGUGGUGCAGCCCAAUGAAACAUGGGUGAACAGUCCUGUGGAUAACUGCACUGUGUACCAAUGUAAGGUUGAGAAUGGAAUCCAUAUACUGACUCCAAUCCCCACAGCCUGCCCUGAUGUGUCCAACUGUAGGGGAACCCUAAGGAAAACAGGUUGCUGUUACUCCUGUGAAAUAGAGGACUCAAGUAGAUGCCACGUGCGUGUAAAUACAACCACCCUGCAGUAUAACGGCUGUGAAACAGAGGUGGCAGUCGACCUCACCUUCUGUGAGGGUUCUUGCCCUGGAAUGUCCAAGUAUUCCAUGGAGGCCCAGGCCAUGGAGCAUAAGUGCACUUGCUGCCAAGAGAGCAAGGUCCAUGAUGUAGCUGUGACCAUGCAGUGUCCCAAUGGUAAAAUCAUCCAGCACACCUAUACCCACAUCGAUGAGUGCAGCUGUGCCCUGGCCUGCAGCUCCCUGCCCAUGACUUCCAUGAACACUUCCUAGUGCCCAGUGCUGGAAGGCAAUUGCAUCCCCCAACCCCUCAAGUCCCUCCACCUGGAGCAGAACCUGCCCAACUGACCAUGAAACCCUUAGGCAGGCAUGCUCCAUGCGGCCCACAAGAACCCUCUGUGGCCCCCACUGCAUCUGCUCCAUUUGGUGAAACAAGCAUCGUGGAGGGUAAUGGGACAAUUAAGAUCCAUUCGAGGAGGGGGCCAGGUGAGGAUUUGUCCCUUGGAGGACCCUCUUGGUUGUCUUGGCCUCAUCUUCUGUGAUGACAUUUAGAUGUCAUGGAGAAAAACAGACAGCCUGUGGCUGUAGGCCUGUGUGCCCUUUAUCACAUAAAGAAGCCCUCUGCCAGUUAUCUCAAGUGCACAAAGGCAGAUGGGACUGUCCAAGCAAGACAGGCUACCCAGGGAGCUGUGUCAGGCAAAGUGGCUGCCUGCUGGAGGGGCUGUGGGAUCUGGGGUUAGAGAGGGGCCUGUGCUCACCCUGCCCUAAGCUGCAAUAAACCCUGGCACUGUG